AAUUUUUAUUUUAAAUUUCAGAUAACGUAAGAGUUAAAAAAAAACAAAACAAUGACUAAAAGAAUAGCAUAUAAAUGGAGGAUUAUGUUCUACAUGUCCAUCGUAUAUGUAUCUAUAAAUAGUUUUUUGUUUUUACAAUACUCGAUUCACCAUAUUAGGUCCGAAUAUCUACAACAAUCCGAUAAAUAUGACGCCUACAAGCUGAAUCAUGUUCUCAGCCAAGACAGUAAUUGUUUUUCGCACUAUGGUAAAAAUGCAGAAGAAGAUAUACAGCGAGUUCUUAAGAUCAAAAUAUCUAACGAGACGGAACUAAUUCUCCAAAAUCUCGGUUAUCCACCAACGAAAAUUGUGAACCGAAAAUAUGAACUGCCCAUUUUAAAAGAUAAUGGUGAAACACCUGAAAUCCCCGUGUUUGUGACGGCAGUAUCAUCUAACCACUAUAGAGAACUACAGGCAUUGAUUUAUAAUAUAGACCGCGUACCACGUCAACAUUAUCCUCAUCUCAAGUUGAUUGUCUAUAAUAUUGGUUUAGAACCAGAAGAACUUGUAAUGACUAAGAUAAGGUGUAACUGUGAAGUAAGAAAAUUUAACUUUAAGAAGUAUCCACGCCAUGUUAGAAUUAUGGCAACUCGUGCAUGGAAACCUAUCAUCAUUCAGGAAAUAUUGAAUGAAUUUGGAUUUGCAAUGUAUAUGGAUGCCUCGAUUAGAUUUAGAAGACCCAACCUUGAUGACGUUUUCAUGCUUACAAGAGAAAUUGGUCACAUGUUUCUAGAAUCGGUACCUCUUCGAAAAAAUCUUCUUCCAAAUCAUACACAUGCCAAAACUUUUGAAUACUUUGACGUAAAUCCUUGUCUUUUCCACGAGAGACAUGAAAUCCAGUCAGGAUUUGUUCUAAUGACGCGAAACAAUGUUUAUUCUAAUGUUAUAAUGAAGGCUUGGUUGUCAUGCUGUCUCCAAGAACAAUGUGUACUUCCGACGGGGGCUAACUGGGGAGUUUGCAAUCGAAGUUCACUUGUUUAUCACAAGUGUCAUAGACCUGAUCAGUCGCCACUUGGUAUCACCGUACAUUUACUAUAUCAUCCCCCAGACACAAUCCCUUAUAUACCUCCGGAUGUGUACGUCAUCAGACGCGAUGAGGUGUUUAACUAUUUUUAGAACUAAAAUAAACUUUUGAUCCAUAUAUCCACACACGAUUUAUCUAGCAUUUUUGACUGAAGUAAAAAAGGGCGUGAUUAGUGAUGAUCGAAGCAUGUUGAUGUUCAAUAAAUUUUAACGUAGCGGUUGGAGUCUAAAAGUUUAUGUGAUGAUAAAAUACUUUAAAUAUUUUUUUUCAAUAAACAAAAGGACAUAGAUAAUAUUUCUUUUAUAUGAUGUUUAUAUACGUCGAUAAACCUUUUGAUGGGUGAGAAGCUAGUGUAGAACUGAUGAGACAUCUUGAGAUCAAUCUGAUUAAAAUACAGAUUUAUAUUUCGUUUCGUUUUUUUUAUACUUUCGAUGGCCUACACUACAUGAAGAUCUGACCGGUUGUAGUAAAAGGUCGCGUCAGAGGUCGUACGAACGGCUUUUGACCUAUGACGUCAGACAUUGAUUAAUCAAUCAGCGUUGACGUUUGUAGUGGUUUAGCAACAGUUCCGUGCUUCGCACGCCAAGAAGUCGCCAUAACAGAUGGUUCCAUUGGCUAAUCCCUCACGCCAUCCAGAAAACAGGUUAUAUAACAUUUCUUCCAGAUCCCAGUGAAGUACAGACAAAUA